GUGUGUACUAUCAUGAUUUUGGUGGGCAGUUUUCAAGACAAUCACUCGUGGUCAACAAUCCUUGGAUUACGCGCAAUUUUGUCCAAUUGAAGAUUUUCGUCGAUUUGCAUUUGGGGUAUCCGAACGCCUACUGGAAAUUUUCAAGUGGAUUCUUCGGGAAGUUUUUCAAGAAAAUUUCAAACAUUGAAAUAGUACGAGUUGAAGAUAUAGGUUGCGAAGUGUCCGACUUUGGUGAAAAACCGUUGAUUAAAAGAUUGUGAUGUGUCUCGCUGUUAAUUUUCAUGUAACAUUGGCAACAUGGCCUAGACACCAAGUGUUCCUGGUGUCAUUGAGUAACCUCUCAAAACGACAAUAGAAAAUAUUUGAGUAUUGGAUGUCACAACCUUUCAAAAUUACAAACAUUAGAGAUUUUGAAACAAGAAAAGGCUUUAAAAGAUGUCUCUCUUUCGGAUAACUUUUACCUUUGUGCUUCUGUUCAUCUUAAUGACCUGCACUUCAGCCGGAUCUCUCAGGAGAGAUCGGCGCUACAGGAGAAAACUCUGCCGAAAACUAUCAGUUCCAAUGUGCUCUGACGGUAAAGUGAACUACGACUUCACCGCAGCCAGUACACCCAAUGACUUCGUGGCGAAUCUCUACUGGCCCAUGAUUAACAUAGGAUGUUCUGAGUACAUUAGGUUGUUCCUGUGCUCAUUCGCGUACCCCUCAUGUCUCCCCCAAGACGGCACAACCCUGCCCCCUUGUCGCUCUCUUUGCGUUCAAGUCAUGCAGAAGUGUCAACCACUGAUGGCCCGGGAGUUCACCAUGUCCUGGCCGGAGGACCUGCGCUGCUGGCAGUUUCCUAACGACAACUGUAUGGAUGCCAAUGGUCCAGUGUUGUCUCCUCCUCCUGGUAGAUGUUCGAAAAACAUCGGCAUAGAGGAGAGUGCAGGUGCCAGAUUCACUAACCAGUUUGAAUCAAGUCGGGUGGAUGUGGUUUUAGACUCGGCCAACGCUAUCAUUGAAGAAAGUUCUCCAAAAUGGGCUAACAAGUCCUUGGACAAAAAGUCAAGUUCUCCACAAUGGGCCGACAUGUCACUCGACUUCCGUACCACCUCUGCCACAACACAGGUGAUCUUCGUCGCUUCUCGUUAUUCCACGCGUAAAGGCAGGUCCUACGAGAACUCGGUUGUGGCUUUCCUGGAUAAUGGCUUCUUGGGCUGUAAUGUCCGAUGCGGGAUAGUGCGCAGUGACGUCAUGGAUAAUGUCAGGGUGCCGCUGAAUGAUGGAAAAUGGCACAAGAUAAGUUUUGACACUCGCCAGGGGACGCUAGUGGUGGACAACUCUAUCCCAGCAGUCCAGUGUUACGGUGGUGCUUCGGACUGUCGGGACUUUGGAGAGGUGACCAUCGGAAACUGGAUGAGAGGGGUCUCGCCUGUGCACAGGAGAAAGACCGGAGAUCUCUCAGAAGCGCGGUUUGACGGAUGUAUAAGGAAUCUUCGCUUAUCUCGCUUGAACCAGAUACUACCAAUUGUCACGCGAUACAACCUCGUCUCCAACUGCUGCAGCUAAGGACAGUUCACCGACAUCGGUUCGAAAUCAAUAAUUUUGUCGGUUUACGAUUCCAUCCAAACACCCUCCAACGAACUGCUUCUGCUGAGGUCUGCAAUCGUGGCGCGUCUCUAAUAAACCUGUAUCAGGCGGUCAGCGAUGAAGCCUAUUAAUAGGCUGAGGACGUUCUUGGGCAUUUGAGGGUGAGGUUUGUAGAAUACAGGCGGAGGCUUUUAGGGAACAAUGUCAGGGGAACCCUUUCGCAGGGCCCUUCAACACGAGUUGGAAACGCUAACUGGAUUUAUAUUGUAUUCACUCCGUAGUAUUUUAAUGGUCGGUGAUUUGAUACCGUGCUGAUGUUGAAUUAGAGCCAAACUUCGAUCAAGGACGUAUUAUUUUGGGCACUUUCUUGACCUUCUUGUCAGAUAUGAGACCGGGAACACUGCCUAGAUUGAUUAGUCACAGAUCUGUCUUAAUAUCGAUAGUUCUUGACCGAUCAGAAUCAUCUGUUUGAGAAUAAUAGGCCAUAUCUCACUGAUGACAAUGUUGAUAGAGUACAGAAUAUUUUGAAUGCGCACAAACUGUAUCGUCGAGCUUUUCUAUUAGUAAGUUUCUUUAUGUUGUUAGACAAACUAUUUUUGUAUAUAACAGAAUAUAUAAAAACAUAUUUUGUACAUUUGAAGAAUAAAUAGAGUAAUGCAUGGUAGGGAGAC